UGUAGAAGUAGGAUUCAACCUCUUCCUCCAUUUAAUACCCCCUCCCCCAAAUGCAUGAACCUCACUUCUCCAAAUUAAGAUACAAGGGUGGCCAAAGAUGGAGACCCAUUCUAGUGUCUCCAAAUCUGGCACAACCUUUUUCAGAACUUGCUUCAAUGGAGUCAAUGCCCUCUCAGGUGUUGGAAUACUAUCCAUACCUUACGCAUUAUCUCAAGGAGGAUGGAUUAGUAUGAUACUUCUGCUGCUAAUAGCAGUAAUCUGCUGCUAUACUGGAAUUCUCCUCCGACGUUGCAUGGACUCGAAUUCGCUCGUGGAGACCUACCCCGACAUCGGCGCGCUCGCUUUCGGCCGCCGAGGAAGACUCGUGGUUGCGCUGUUCAUGUACAUGGAGCUCUAUCUCGUCGCGGUCGACUUCUUGAUACUGGAAGGUGAUAAUCUGGAGAAGCUGUUUCCGAAGACCGAGUUCCAUCUGCGUGGACUAAGGAUUGGAGGGAAGCAAGGGUUUGUGCUGAUUGCCAGCCUGGUAGUUUUGCCCACAACGUGGCUUCGGAGCAUGAGCAUGCUCGCCUACGUCGCGCUCGGCGGGGUCUUGGCCUCGCUGGUCCUCGUUGGCUCCGUGUUCUGGGCCGGGGCGGUUGACGGUGUCGGGUUUCGCGAGAAAGGGGUGGCGGUGAAUUGGGGUGGAAUUCCGAUCGCCAUGAGCUUAUACGCCUUCUGCUUCAGCGGCCAUUCCGUCUUUCCUACCGUGUACACCUCCAUGAAAGAUAGGACCAAGUUCUCGAAAGUUUUAUACAUCUGCUUUGCUCUUUGCACUGUCAACUACGGACUAAUGGCGAUUUUCGGAUACAUGAUGUAUGGCCAAAGCUUAAAAUCCCAGGUGACGCUUAAUCUCCCUUCCGGGAAAAUAAGCUCGAAGAUCGCGAUCUACACGACUCUAAUCAAUCCUCUCACGAAGUACGCUUUGUUGGUCACGCCGAUCGCGGAGGCCUUCGAAGAUUGGUUCCAAGUAUCGAAAGUUCGGUGCUUCAGCUUCCUGGUACGAACCAUAUUGGUGAUCAGCACCGUCGUCGUGGCGUUAGCCGUGCCGUUUUUCGCAUACAUAGUCGCGCUUACGGGAUCGUUUUUGAGCAGCACUGCUACAAUGUUGUUGCCGUGUUUAUGCUACAUCAAGAUCUUUAAAUCAUCUAAAAGGUUGGGAAUUGAGUUAGCAAUUUGCGUAGUUAUAAUUGGGAUUGGCUUGAUGGUUGCAACUGUAGGAACUUACUCUUCACUGAAGCAGAUCAUACAAAGCCUGUGAAACAGGUUGUAUAUAUAUUUAUAUAUUAAUGUAGUGCUUCUCCGCAAAUUGCACACCAAAUUAAGAUGGGGAGAUCAUGUUGUGAGCACAAAUUAAAUUUAACAUAUAUGUCACAAAUCAGAAGCUGUUAAUCACAGCAUUUGAUUGUAUUAAUGUUGGUAGGUUGGAGCAAAGUUGGUUUGAUAUAUAUUCUGGUUUUGUUUUUCCUAAGGUUUAUUCAGGGGUUUGCAGGGUCAAGGACGUUGCAUACAGUAAAAAAGUAUGAUAAAAAAUAUUUUAUUUAUUUCAUAAAUAAUAAA